AAGGGAGGGGAGGAAAAGGUUACAAAUGUCCCGCCGGAGACUUCCGUUUGUUUAUCUUGAAAACCUUCUUAAGUUUCCCUUCUUGUUCGCAUUAAGCCUGCGGAACUCCUCCAGCACACAGCUCCAGCGUUUACAGCCUACCAACCACAAGCGCUGGAGCAACCUUGAUCGUGUUUGUCUUUUCCAUGGUUUGGUUAUGAUGUUCCUGACGUGCAGUGAAUAAAAUCACUGGUAUCAUUAUUUAUAAGGCUGCACAUGAUGGAUAACAGCUCAGACCGCCCCCUCAAUGUCGUGUUGUUUGUAGAUUUUGAUGUUCGCAGUAGCUAUCCAUUAUAUGCACAGUGCGUCCUGAGAAAACUGCUCGACCAGGGACACCACGUUGCUUUAUUUGCGCAUUACCAAGAGAAACCGCUGUUGUUGUUGGAGGAGCCCGCGCAGACUCAGUCCACCGACAUAAAUAAUCAUCAUCAUCAUCACACGCGCAACCAGCCGCCAGGAAUCGUCUUCCAGCUUCGCCUCGCACGAGCAGAUGCCGUACUUAUCAUCACACCUCGUACCGUACACGAACUAUCCUUCUCUCUUCCUCGAUUUCAAGCUGGUAAUAACGCAUUUGACGGGCAUACCUAUACCUGGCAUACGAACGGAAUAAGCUGUGUGUUACUCGGAGGAUGGAUUAAUAACCGAAAAGUGGCCAUGAAAGUUCGGGCCAUUCUCGCCAGUUCUGAUUACCCGGACAUGACCCGAGCGCUUCCGAGGCCAGCAUACCUUGAUAAGUUUUAUGUCGAAGACCAAAGUAUAGAAACCCCUGGACCGUGUAUUUAGGACAAGACUCGUUUACAGGGCCUCCCUUUUGAAUGGGUCAGGAAGAGCCUGGGAACGAGGAUGUUUGAUAGCUUGAUGAUGAUGGUUCUCAGAGUCGAGCCUACACUCAUUUUGGUCAGCACUGGUUCAGUGUCGAGGGACUAGUCUGCAUGUUUGAUGAAUCAAAUGAAUUGUCGGGAUGGAAUUGCCAUGAACGUCUUCAUCAAGCUACCAAAAACUCGCAAAGGACUUGCCAAAGACUAUAGGUUAGUCAAAGUUCAUUGUAAUUUGUAAUUACAUUUUGAUAAUAUAAAAUAUUAACUUAUAUAAAUUACCCACAGAUGUAAUAAUAAACGUAGUAUAUGCAUUAUA